ACGUGAUAAAAACAGCCUGAGAGUAAAACAUCAGGUUUGUUGUUAAGAAAACAUUUAAUCAGGUUAGCAAAACUGAUAGUGAACAUUAAUAAAUAAAAUGAUAUUUGCUUUCUGGUGUCUGGAGGGUCAUCCAGGAAUAAAAGAAAGAAAAGAAAAAGUCCAGCCUGUUUGAGUCCGUGACCACAAAUGAAAAUCUAAAAGUAUAAAUUUAAGAGAGUACUUUCUUUGAUGGCACUAUUGGAAAAGUAUCUCGUGUUUCCUCCUCUCAUUGGAAGCAUCAGUUUUUCAUUCUGUAUUGUUUUUUUCUUGUUCUCCAAGACUCGCUUUCAUGAUGUACACACAGAACAUCCUUCAUACGGAAGAACCUUCUAAAUGGAUCCAUCAGAUGAUGGUUUUUUCUCCAUGGUGCCUCCAUCCAUCGUAGAUCUCCUGCUGCUGUCUUCACUGGUUCCAGCUUGUAAGUGGAGCCUUAGGAGUAUGACCAACCUUCACCAUGCGACUCUGACAGCUCAUCUUCUUCAACCCAAACCAGCGUUAAGAGUUUGAACUCCGCAAAUGUCAAACAAUCACUUUUUUCCCCUUUCACUACAUCAUCAGCUCAUGUUGCAGAAUCUUUCUAAUUUAAAGCAUUGUGUGAAUAUUCAAACGUGAGCUACAUGAGCGUUGCACAUUUACAUACACGCUGCAUAUUUACAUGAGCUCUCUCUCUCUCUCUCUCUCUCGUGGGCCAGCCCCCCCGCUUCCCUUCGUCCAUUGGUGUCUUCGGGGCGUCUCUCUCUGGCCCCAGCCCACCCCCUACCAGUCCAUAGGUAGUCCGUAAUGAGUGUCCAUUGGUUUUUAUUAGGACUUGCCCCCCUCCCACUGGCCAGCUCGCCCUGCCCAUGUUUUGUGUCUCGGAGCGUCCACAGCCUGUCGUUCAAGUUCGCAGGGACGUCACGUCCGCACUUGAACUUGCAGAUCAGGGGGGCUCCACUGUACCCCCAUCAGUCCCUCUUUGCGAAAGUCAUGAAGCCGGCAGCGCGUUACGCAUCCCGCUCGGCGUGAUCCUCCGUCUCUCCUCUCUGGAUGACAGAGAUCAUAUCAAUGAAGAGAUUUCCUCUGGACUCUACCUUUUAGGGACGGAUUUCCCGAUGUGAAGCCGGCCGCGCCGCCGCCACCAAGACGACCAGCAUGUCUCGCCGCAAGCAAGGCAAACCCCAGCACCUGAGCAAACGGGAGUUUUCGCCUGAGCCGCUCUCCGGUGUUUUACCAGACGAAGACUCCCAAGACUCCCUGAGGCUGGGAGCGGGCGAGCCCCUGAAGGGAGACCAGGACCUGCUCACCUGCGGCCAGUGCCACUCCCGCUUCCCUCUGUCGGACAUCCUGCUGUUCAUCGAGCACAAGAGGAGGCAGUGCCAUGGCGGCCCCUGUGUGGACAAGGCUCUGGACAGACCGCCGUCCCCCUCGCUGGCCUCGCCCCUCUCCACGUCCUCUUCGCACUCUCAAAUCCAGCACCCACGGAGGCCGCGUCAGCCCGUGGAGGUGGCUGUUCAGGUGUCACCGCAGGAUGAGGAUUGUUUAUCUGCACCCUUGCAAGGAAUAAUCCCCAAGCAGGAGAAUAUCUCAGAUAAAGAAGAGCCGAGCAGCUACACCUGCACCACGUGCAAGCAGCCCUUCACCAGUGCCUGGUUCCUGCUCCAGCAUGCCCAGAACACCCAUGGCUUCCGCAUCUACCUGGAAAGCGAGCCUGGCAGCCCUCUCACCCCCCGCAUGGCUGCAGCUCCAGGCAUGGGGGGUGACUGUGCAUCAUCCCAGCCUCCCCUCCAUGCUGUCCAGUUGGCUGAUGGCAGCCCUUACAGCCUCCUGAGGAUGCCGGGAUCUGGGUCUGGCCGCGAUUCAGCGUCCACACCUCGUGAGGGCCGCUACCCCAGAACGCCCCCUUUGUUCAGCCCGCCUCCACGGCACCACCUGAGCCCGGAUGACCUGGCCUUGGCAACACACCAUCCGAGCGCCUUUGACAGGGUGAUGAGGCUAAACUCAGUGCCCUUGGACCCCCCCCAGAGCAUGGACUUCUCCAGACGUCUGCGCGAGCUGGCUGGAAAUGCCUCAGUAGGUUCCCCGCCUCUGUCCCCCAACAAACCCAGCCCUAUGCAACGGCUACUGCAGCCAUUCCAGCCAGGUUCCAAACCGCCUUUCACAGCUACGCCCCCCCUCUCCACCUCCCAGUCUCCAUCUGGCUCUCGCUCCACCCCUAAUCCUGCAUCCACUUUAGUCCAGCCCGGCACCCCUCUAAAGGCAAAAUCUUGUGAGUUCUGCGGGAAGACCUUCAAGUUCCAGAGCAACCUUAUUGUGCAUCGGCGCAGCCACACUGGGGAAAAGCCGUUUAAGUGCCACCUCUGCAACCACGCCUGCACUCAGGCAAGCAAACUGAAACGCCACAUGAAGACGCACUGCCAGAACAAGUCGUCUGCGCUGAAUGCCAAGUCAGACGACGGGCUCUCGGCUGCGAGCUCCCCUGAACCUGGAACCAGUGAGCUGCUUGCUAGUGCCACGGACGCUCUGAAGUCUGUGGUGUCCAAGUUUAAGAGUGAAAACAAUGGCCUUAUGCCUGAAAAUGGAGAAGACGAUGAAGAGGAGGAGGAUGAAGAUGAAGAGGAAGAGGAGGAAGAAGAAGAAGAGGAGGAGGAAGAAGAUGAGAAAGAAGAUAUAGAAAAUAAGCCAGCAGCUGAGAAAGGAGGAAAGAACGAUUACCGCUUCAGCCUGCAGUUAGAAGGAGCACGCCACCACCAGAACAAUGAGGCGCUCCACCCCCACCGUCGGACCACGUCCCAGGGGCCCAGUGACGAGGGCUUGGGAGAGGCAGACCAGGCAGAUGACGGAGCCCUCACUGCCGUCAACGGACUUGGAUCUUUGUCGAAUGACAACCUUCCCAGGAAGCUGAUGGGUGGGCGAGUAAGUCCAGACCCCCUCAGCCCCCUAUCUAAACGCAUUAAGGUAGAAAAGGACCUCGACCCCCCCAUUACCACCAUCCCAAACUCAGAGAAUGUCUACUCUCAGUGGUUGGCUUGCUACGCUGCUUCGCGCCAACUCAAGGACCCCUUCGUCCACUUUACAGGUGCGGACUCUCGACAAUCGCCCUUCGCCUCCUCGUCUGAGCACUCGUCAGAAAAUGGCAGCUUGCGCUUCUCCACUCCACCCGGUGAGCUGGACGGGGAACGGACUGCUUCAGGGCGCAGUGGCACCGGCAGUGGGGCCAGCACUCCCCAUGGCGGCAGCGGUAACGGCCGACCCAGCUCGAAGGACGGUCGCCGCAGUGACACCUGCGAGUUUUGCGGCAAAGUGUUUAAGAACUGCAGCAACUUGACGGUGCACCGGCGCAGCCACACCGGAGAGCGGCCGUACAAAUGCGAGCUGUGCAGCUAUGCAUGCGCCCAGAGCUCCAAGCUCACCCGCCAUAUGAAGACCCACGGACAGAUGGGCAAGGACGUGUACAAAUGUGAAAUCUGCCACAUGCCUUUUAGUGUGUACAGCACUCUAGAGAAACACAUGAAGAAGUGGCACAGUGAGCGGCCGCUGGCUAAUGACAUUAAAAGCGAGUAGACACAGAGCAGCUCUCCCUCAGCUGGGAGAGAGAAGACGUCCAGGUCACGGGUGUCAGAACUCAGUGCAGGCCCGCUCUCGUCCCCUUCUGGAGAAAGCUGGAUGCAUGAUCCUUCAACGGGGCAAUACUCCUGCAUCAGAACUUUUUGAGCCUUUCUAUUGUGCAAUAAUUUACACGUUUUGUAUUUUUUGUAACUGGACAGCAUGCUCAGCGUGUUUUGGCUACUUUGAGAAAAAAAAAAAGUCCUCAUCUGGUGGAGUUGGUUCUGUUGCUGUUCACACAUCCAGUUGAUGAAAGAAAAAGAUUAGCUAUGAAAUGGAAAGCUGCAUACAGGACACACGGUUCCACAUAUCAUGUACAGUUUGUGUUCAAACAUAGCUGACAGUGUCAUAAACUUCAGAACAAGCAGGGUGAAACGGAAAACUGAUCUUUGUAAAAGAGUUUCCAUGCAACUGAUAUAUAAAAUUUGAUUUAUCGGACUGCCUAUGAAAAAUACUUGUUUUUAUAAAAAGGAGUACAAAAAUGAACAAUAUGGUGUGAAGUGACAACAAAGAGUGCCUUGGAUGUUUUCCCUACAUUAGUUAACCCUCUUUUCCUGCUAUAAGCUCUGAGUUCCUGCUUAAGUGGAUGACGGGACAUUUUUGUGCACAACUGAAGUGAGCAGGUCCUUGCAUCAAGCACCUGCACCAGGCACGCUGUGGUUUUUUGACUCUUGUCUUUGUGCCCAUCUGCCCAACUCAUAGGUAUUUUUUUUCUUCAUGAUCACAUUAUGUUUACUGGCAUGCUUCAUGCUGAAAAAAGAGGGGCUGGCUUGUGGGAUUCAGGUUAGGUGUAUUUGGUACAACAAAGGGGUACACUGACAAGUUUUUUUAAACCAACACAAAGCUCUUAAUGAUCCAGAGUGUUUAUUUUCUUUAAAAUGUAAAAUUUUGCAGAUAUUCUUUUGUAAGUAGCACAGAAUUCUUUAUUUCUUUCUGCCAAGUAGGCAGUGAAACCAGCAGUCACUUGAAGACCAGCGCAUGGGAUUUUCCUGCUGGGUGGAGGGUCAAUACUCCUUAAAUUCAAGCCUGACAAAUAGAUGGGUGAUGGAUUCUGAACUUGCUCUAGACCUGGUUUGGGUAGCUGUAUUUUCACUUCUUUUUUUUAAAAUCUCCAUCCCCUGUAAUUGUUGAUGAUAUAGCACUUGUCACUCUGCCUUGGAGUCUGUAUCUGUCUCUCUAAUCGGAGGUACAGUUGGUUGAGUAUAAAUUUAGGUCCAGAUUUCAGAUCUGGAACUACCUACGUGCACUGUUCAAUUUUCCCAGUUUACAGUCCAACGCUCAAGGGAAAACUUCUGCUGACAGACAGCGUGGUGAUAUUGCUUGCAAUUAAAAAAACUACAAAAAAAAAAAAGUAAAACUCAAAAAUAAUAAUAAAAAGGAGGAGUUGAAGCAGAAAAUAGUUGCCAGCCAUGUCUCCUUAGUUUGACUCUUGAAGGUUUAAAUGCAGGAACUGCCAUAGAAAUAUCCUGUUUCCAACUAUGGAAUUACAAUACAGAAAAUAAAACUUUUACAAAUUUCAUUUUUAAAAGAUAAGUCUUUUAUUUUAUAAAACUUCAAUAUUUUUAGGGGAGAAGCUUAUUUAAAUGGUGUUUUCCUUUUGCUUGGUUGUUUUUCUCUGUCCAGGAUCUCUCUGUAAAGAACUGUAAUGAACAUGUCUCAUCCUUUGCCUUUACACAGGUCUUCAGGUUGAUCAAAUUUUUUGCAUCGGGGAGAGAUUUAUGAGAUUUAAAUAUAUAGAAAGAACAUAAAACACAUAGGAAAAUGCACAAUCUUGUAAGUUCCUAUGGUCAAAACACAUUUAUGGUCUACUUUUUUCCUGUAUUUAGAAUGGUAUUUGAAAUUAAUGUUCACUUAGUGUAGGCAUUUAUAGUAUUUAUGUUGGAGCCUGUAUUUUCAACUGUUUUGCCUGUACUCUUUAAAGGUUUUAAUGUACUCAUUUUCCGUAGUGAAAAAAAUCCCAACAAGCUGCCACCGUAUAUUUUCUUAAUUUGGCAGGAUAAUAUAGUGUGAAUAAUUUGUCUGUUUCUGGAGAUGAAAACGCUGUGGCGUUCCUUGAGGCUGGAAGGUCAUGUGAUGGCCUCUUUAGGCAGGAGAGACCACACUGAGGUAAAAAGGAGUGGCUGUACAUAUCUCUUUGAUUUUGGUUUUCUAGAUUUUUCCCUCCUGCCAUUUUAUAUGCAGUAAUACAAGCUAUUGUUGGGUUUUUCUCGGUAGCCAACUUUUUACUGUCGUCUAUCAUGUACCACCUGAUAACAUUCCGGCUGUUGAUUUCUUUGGAAAAAAGGUGUUUGUUUUUUAUAUGCAAUCAGCCCAACAUCCACUUUUCUCUGUUUUCCAUUGCCAAUGAACCAUGGUGCUUUAUCCUUGGUACAUCUCGUAUGCCAGGCACAUUCUGACCAGAAGAGAUGAUCACAGCAGAUGUCUGGUACAUGUUUUCACGCUGAGGUACGCUAAGGUUUUCGCCCCGAUCUCCUCCUGUGUUCUGUAUUUGCUCUUAAGCUGAACUUGAAGUUGACCUGUUUCACAGGUCCACGUUAUUUAUUAUGCCUACACACACACUCUCUCACACACACACCUGCUCUGUUCAAAACAGAGUGGCAGAAAAAGAAAUCGGUUGGGUUUCUUCCCCCCUGAUAAAUUGUGACGGCUUAAUUUCUUUGUUUUAUGACCAAAGGUCACCGACCAACGUUUAUGAGGUUGACUUAAAGGCCUGUUGUUUCAGUUAUGGAGAUGCCACUCUAUUUUCAACUCUUGUCUGCAUUAUUCUCUUCACUCAGCAAUUUUGUCUUGGAAAAAAUAAAAAGUAUUGCAUACAAAUUUGAA